AUGGAGGAUGAAAACAAAGUUAAAUUCACUGCUCAAGAUUUAUAUGACAACAAAGCUGACAAAACAUAUGUUAACGUUGAGUUAGAUAAAAAAGCUGACAAAACAUAUGUUAACGAUGAGUUAGUUAAAAAAGCUGACAAAACAGAGCUUCAAACGUUAAAGACAGAAAUACUUCAAACAGUAUAUCCUAUAGGUUCUAUUUACACGUCAAUGAACUCUACCAGACCAGAAGUAGUACUUGGUUUUGGAACUUGGACUCAAAUAGUCGACAGGUUUUUGUAUUGUGCAAACUCUUCAAAGGAAACAGGUGGAAGUAAAACGAUUUCAGGUGAAAACUUACCUGCACACAGUCACUACAUAGAUUUAAGUACAGCUGAAGCAGGUUGGCAUAAACAUAGAUUUUGGGAUUGGUCAGCAAUGAAAAAGGUAAAGGAUAUGAUGUUUAAAGACAACGUUCAGUUUGCUAUAAAUUGUUUCUGGGGUAACACACAGGGAGAAGGAAACCAUACACAUCGCGUUUCAGGGUAUACGCAAACAACGGGACAAAGUAAAGACUACAUGCCACCUUACAUGACAGUUUACGCAUGGUAUAGAAAUGCUUAG